AUGGCGUCCGCGACGCCUUCGGCGCACCCAGCCAGUUCACCACCGCAACAUGGAGGCGCACCCGUCAAUCCCUCCUCUUCCCCCGCGAAGCGUGACCUCAAGUCCUGGUGGAAGAACUUUACUUUGCCGCGCAGGAAUCAGGAGCAGACUGAAAUGCAGAAAGCCCCAGGGAUCUUCGGCAUCCCACUACGACAGAGCAUCCAGUACGCGAACGUCGCCAUCUCGCUCGAGGAGAAUGGACAGAGCUACAUCUACGGCUACGUACCCAUCGUCGUCGCAAAAUGUGCAACUGGCGUCGAAGGAAUUUUCCGUCUAAGCGGCUCGGAGAAGCGCAUCAAAGAGCUCAAGACCGUCUUUGACUCACCCGAUCGUUAUGGCAAGGGGCUCUCGUGGGACGGAUACACCGUUCACGACGCAGCCAACGUCUUCCGCCGCUAUCUGAACGAUCUCCCAGAACCUGUUGUUCCGCUCGAUCUCUACGAGAAAUUUCGCGAGCCACUGCGCGGAGCUACAAAGCAAGCCGUCGGCGAUGCUGAGGGACCUCAAUACAUUGACAAUUUCGACGAGAAUGCUGCCAUCGAGAAGUAUCAGAAGCUGAUUACGGAACUGCCUCCGCUCAAUAUGCAGCUGCUCCUUUACAUUCUUGAUCUGCUCGCCGUGUUCGCAGCGAAAUCUGAGGAGAAUCGGAUGACAUCCCAGAACCUAGCAGCCAUCUUCCAGCCAGGCAUGCUUUCGCACCCUGACCAUGCCAUGGCCCCCGAGGAAUACCGUCUCAACCAAUGCGUCAUCAUUUUCCUCAUCGAAAACCAAGAUCACUUCCUCAUUGGCAUGCACGGCACCGCAGCGGACGAGACCACGCGCCGGCAAAUUGAAUCCGGGCCCGGGGUCCCCCCUGUGACACCCACUGCGGCCUCCGCUGGUGUCACGCGAUCUGCUUCAAACGCGAGUGCUGGCGCUGCUAGUGUUCGUCGCGAGGGUCAGAUUCGGCGCAACCGCUCAGUGAACUCGCGCCACUCGAGGAAAGAGGACAGCACUGGCCCUAACAGCCCGGCGCUCAGCAUGACGCCGACUGGUGGCUUGGGCAGAAGCAACACUGUUCCAUCCAAAAAGUCACCAGCCAUUCCCGGAGGCAAAUUCAGGCGGCCAGACAACAGCGCUGGCCCCCAUUCGCCCUCCGCCUUGGAACCGCUCACCCAGUCACCACCAUUGGACACGCACCGGAUGUCCGAGCAGUCGAGUCUCGCGGUUCCAGUGGGUACAGCCACGAACUCUUCUCAAGAUGCUGACCGCAGUCAAGAGCGACUGUUGAGCGUACCCCAAGAUCAGGGCGUACUUCAAAAGGAGCGCAAUCUAUCUGGCCUCUUCAACAGGUCUCCAACCGAUGACAGUAGAAGGCAGCCCAACAAGCUCAAGAAGAAGAGGAUACCUGGCAGCAUGAGCCAAAGCGCCCAAAGUUCGAACACCUCGCUACCUCAGAGCGGACCACCCUUCUCGCCCACUGCAGAGCAAAGCAACCCACUAGAACAGACGGCAACCUCUGAGAUGAAGCCUUCCCAGCCCCAGCCACUCGCGGCUCACCCAGUCAACGAGGCGUCGAGUGACGUCCCUGUGAUGCCCUCUACCCAGGGCGAGAGCGCCCGCACCGAGAACUUUUUGAGGUCCCAGCAGUCGCCUUCCACUUCUUUGCAUUCCUCUUAUAAUGACACAUCCGACCGAGAAAAGGGAACAGGGCUGCUCAAUGGCAGAUCUAGCGAGGACAGGAAAGGCACCCAUCCCAGGAAAUCGACCGACAGCAGACCUUCCAAGCACGCCGAUACCAGCCAGACUUCUCUACAAAGCUUUGGUGGAAGACCGAAGGAAAGCUUCACUGGAGAGUCUUCAGAGGCGGCAGCAGCCAGCGCUGACACUCAGGACUCUGGCAGGGACGAGCCUAAAGGACCCCUGGGCUGGAUCCGCCAUAAAUACCGCGAGGCCAAAGAGACAGCCGAGCAACGACGCAACAAAUCGCCCCCGCCGUCCGACAAUGGAGCAGCUAGUUUUCUGUCAAGGGGCAAGAGUGUCGACAUCAAGCGGGAACCGCUGAGUGAGAGACGAGUACCCUCUGGGUCCGAGAGGAGAGAAGUAACUGGUACAGAGAAGGCCAAUGAGGCCAUCGCAGAAGAGUCUCAGCAGUCACUUGCGCAACCGGCCGUUGAACUUGAGGGGUCCAGCCCUUCCGCGGAUCGCGAGGCGGAAGCUCCGGCCGAGUCCACGCCAGUGACGACAAUCAAGGAGGAGCCUACGACGGUACCGGCAGAAUCGCCUGGAGCACCAACGGAGCCCACCCCGCAUGCGCCUACCAUCGACACCGUUGUUGAGCAGCCAGCGGAUGGCCAGAAGCCGGACGUCGAAGUCGCUCACACGGAGCCAGCUCCUAACCCUGAAGCCCAUGUCGACUCUCCGACCCCAGGUGUCGCUGCUGUUACAGCGGCGACCGAGGCUCCCAAACAAUGA